UCGAGCGGUGAACAUGAACCGGGUUUUGGGUAGCCCCAGCAACCGUUAGAAUCAAUAUAAAUAUAAAUAUAAAUAUUAUCCAACUGUCAACAAGCCGCGAGUUGCCAAGUGUUAUAAAUAAUCCGAGUACCUGAUACACAAAUAUCUAAUUUCUAAAUUCAAUAAAUUGGAUUACCUAAGAUGGCCUGUUCGACAAACGUUUUGAAGGGGUUUGCCCUUCUUUUUGAUAUUAUCUAUGCUCUGUUCGGCCUGGUUGUGAUUGGCCUUGGAGUUCACAUCAUAUACAAAUUCGAGCACUUCAACACGGCCGCCUUUGUCAUCAUUGGAGUGGGCGUGGCCGUCGUUCUAACUGCGCUUUUUGGAGCUCUGGGAGCAGCACGUGAGAACAGUUUCAUAUCCAAGACGUUCUUCGUUAUUGUUGUGAUCUUUAUUAUUCUGGAAAUUCUGGUCGUAGGCAUUCUGUGGGCGUUCCAAACCUCGCUGCUGAUAAACGUGGAUAAGGAAUUCAAAGAGCUCUGGAAUGACCAGCCGGUGCCCAUUAAGCCCGGAAACCAGAGUCAGAUUGCCAGCCUUGAGCGAUGGUUGGAUUGCUGUGGCAAUGUGGGACCCAAGGACUAUGUUCUGCCACCCAAUAGUUGCUACAACAGCGAAACCGACAAACUGAAUCUCGAGGGCUGCCGGCAAAAGUUCGUGGACUUUAUCGCCGAACGUUGGACGACAUUCAACUUUCUUUCCCUAAUGUUAGUUGGUGUGGAGAUCAUUUGCGCUUUACUGGCCUAUGUCCUGGCCAAUAGCAUUGUGAACCGCUGGCGUCGCUCCAAAUACUAUCAAAAAUAGGUUUACGUAUAAUUUUUGAAAAUAUUGCAUUUCAAAAAUUGAACUUUAAGAUGCGCAUACUUAAGGCCAAAGAACUCUCCAUACAAAUAACUAAAUUGAAAACUCAAUAGAGAUUCCAAAACAAAUUUACUUAAGCGAAUUAAUCUGAGGGCAGUUCGUUGAUUGUAUUCUAUUUAUCAGUUUGGAUAACUGUAAUAUUGAAACGGAAUAUAUUCCGUUAACAAUGUAAUUUAAUAUACACUAAGCUCGACUUAAGCAGUAAUUUUUUGUAACAGCAUUUUGAGAAGCCAAACCAGAAUAAAGAAUUGUUCGUAGA